UUAAAAGAGGAAAUCAUACAUCCCAUCGAACCUGUCAGGAUCACAUCUGAAUGAAAGAAAUUUUUUUUAUCUGCUUUGAUUGGAAUAUGUGCUCAACCCAUUUCUCCCCUCUUGGCAGUCCAAUUCUGAAACGAAGUCCCGAUAUCACCAAGUCGCCACUGACAAAAUCAGAGCAGCUUCUGAGGAUAGACGACCACGAUUUCAGCAUGAGGCCUGGCUUUGGAGGUCCGGCCAUUCCUGUGGGUGUGGAUGUGCAGGUGGAGAGCUUGGACAGCAUCUCAGAGGUCGACAUGGACUUCACGAUGACCCUCUACCUGAGGCACUACUGGAAGGACGAAAGGCUGUCCUUCCCGAGCACCAACAACCUCAGCAUGACGUUUGACGGCCGUCUGGUGAAGAAGAUCUGGGUCCCCGACAUGUUUUUCGUGCACUCCAAGCGCUCCUUCAUCCACGACACCACCACGGACAAUGUCAUGUUGCGGGUCCAGCCCGAUGGGAAAGUGCUCUACAGUCUCCGGGUAACAGUGACUGCAAUGUGCAACAUGGACUUCAGCCGAUUUCCCCUGGACACGCAAACGUGCUCACUUGAAAUUGAAAGCUAUGCCUAUACAGAGGAUGACCUCAUGCUGUACUGGAAAAAAGGCAACGACUCCUUGAAGACAGAUGAGCGGAUCUCACUCUCACAGUUCCUCAUCCAAGAAUUCCACACCACCACUAAGCUGGCCUUCUACAGCAGCACAGGUUGGUACAACCGUCUGUACAUUAACUUCACUUUGCGCCGCCACAUCUUCUUCUUCUUGCUCCAAACUUACUUUCCUGCCACCCUCAUGGUCAUGCUGUCCUGGGUGUCCUUCUGGAUCGACCGCAGAGCUGUGCCCGCCAGAGUCCCUUUAGGUAUCACCACCGUGCUGACCAUGUCCACCAUCAUCACGGGCGUGAACGCCUCCAUGCCCCGCGUGUCCUACAUCAAGGCGGUGGACAUCUACCUCUGGGUCAGCUUUGUGUUCGUGUUCCUCUCGGUGCUGGAGUACGCAGCCGUCAACUACCUGACCACGGUGCAGGAGCGGAAGGAGCGGAAGCUCCGGGAGAAGCUUCCCUGCACCUGUGGAAUACCCCAGCCACGCGGGGUCAUGCUGGAUGGCAGCUACAGCGACGGGGAGGUUAACGACCUGGGCAACUACACGCCGGAGAAUGGAGAGAAGCCGGACAAGAUGAUGGUGCAGCUGACCUUGGCCUCAGAGAGGAGCUCCCCCCAGAGGAAAAGUCCGAGAAGCAGCUAUGUGAGCAUGAGGAUCGACACACAUGCCAUUGAUAAAUACUCCAGGAUAAUUUUUCCAGCAGCAUAUAUUUUAUUCAAUUUAAUAUACUGGUCUAUUUUCUCAUAAACGCCUGUAACUCUAUACAUUUCACAUUCUUCUGUAUGUACCACAGAAAUACCUGUAUGAUGAGAGUAAUUUAAGGUUAUGAUGAAAUUAAAGUUCCCACUAUCCACUCUUCU